CCCUCCUGUACGUGCUGACGUCAACGGGUGUGCCGGGAGGACGUGAUGAGCGGCGGGCGGCGGGCAGACGGUAGACGGUUCGUGUUCGGUGUCGCCGCCGACGUUGGGUCCGGGUCGCUGGAGGUCCUUGUCCCCGAGGUAUUUGAUCCUCAAUAUGGCUUAUACAUUUGGCCAAGCUCAGUAGUUCUGGCGCAAUAUGUGUGGUUUUACAAAAACGCUGUAAAAGGAAAGACCAUUUUAGAGAUUGGAGCUGGUGCAAGCCUACCUGGUAUUGUUGUAGCAAAAUGUGGAGCUAGAGUAAUUUUAUCAGAUUGUGCAGAGUUUCAGAAUUGCUUGGAUAACUGUCGACAAAGCUGCCAGAUCAAUAAUCUUGAAGAUGUGCCUGUCAUCGGUCUAACUUGGGGCCAGAUAUCUCCUAAUCUGGUGCACUUGCCACAAAUAGACAUAAUUCUGGGAUCUGACGUGUUUUAUGAACCUGAAGACUUUGAGGAUAUAUUAACAACUAUUUUCUACUUGAUGCAAAAAAAUCCACAUGCACUUUUCUGGACUACUUAUCAGGAACGAAGUGCCAAUUGGUCUAUUGAAGCAUUACUAUACAAGUGGAACUUGAAGUGCAUUCACAUCCCACUGGAAACAUUUAGUGCAGAUGAAGAACACCUUGCUGGAUCGACUCUACCUGGAAGUCACACUGUUCACAUGAUGGUUAUUACAUUAAAAACAAAUAUUACCUCAGUGACCUAAAGCUGCACCAAUAACUUCUUUGUAUUAUAGAGGACUGCAGUUUCUACCUCAGACAACUAUUUUCAUGGGGUCCUUAUCAAAGGAAAAGAUCUCUUCAAUAUUUAUCAAAUUAAAAGGAUGAAAAAGUGAAUUUCAUUUCUUGCUUUUUGUCCAUCUCAGAUCAAAGCUGAACAUUCAAUAAUUAUUUUCAGAUAAUUAAACAGAUAAUACAACUUGAGUGUACUACUUAUUUUGCCUUGAAGUUGCAGGAACAACAAUCAAAUGAUAUGGAUUAAAAUAUUUAGAGUAUCUCACCA